CGUUUACAUAUGUGAUAAUAAUGCGUGACAAUAUUCUGUCGGACAAUUUAUUCCACGCUAGUAUCGUUUACAUUGCAGCUAAAAAUUUAGAUGCUAAAUCUGGGACAAUAAAUUGUCCGACUGUAUUGGUAUCAAACUAUCGUAAUGUAAACACUUCCCUAUCUGCUAAUAAAAUUGGCGUGAUAGCAUAAUUAGCUGACAAUUCGUCUAGCAGACCGUUUACAUGAUGCUAAUUGUGUCGGACAAUCUAGUAUCCUCAUUAUUGUCCACUAGUUUUAGCACCGAAUUCAGAAGCUUCUGAUUUUGUCAUGCUAAUUUUAUUGUCUGCUAAAAAGUGUUUACAUUGCGCUAAAUUGACGCCAAUACUGCUCGAAAAUGAACUGUCGCGUAGAAUUAGCAAAUAUGUAAACGGGCCAUUACCCCGCCUGUACAGUAUACUCCCACCACCCCCACAUUUGAUUUUCAUUCGACUCGCAGGCAGCUUGCAUCCAGCAUCAGGAACGGCAAGAACAGAAAACAGAAGCGGGUCAUUUCCAGCUCAGCAGUGACCGUAUUGAGUGGUGCUUCUUUUCGCACGGAUCCUAACGAAGAAAGAACGUGCAAUUUUGAACAGUUAAUAUUUAAAACAAGCAUGAAACCUAGUUUUCUCGUUCUGUCAGUUUUACUGGCGCUAAUAUUGUGUGGUAAUGCAAUAGUGAUAUCGACGGGAGUAAUAGUGGGGGCUAGUCUAACAGGUCUUGCGGGUGUUGCGGUUUCGCUUAAUUGCCUAAUUUACGAGUGUUGUCGUAAACCUGAUUCAAAGUCUAGUGCAGCAGCGUUGGAGCUUGAUUUCAAAAAACAUGUGUUUGGGCAACAUAUUGUUCAGGAUGUGGUGGUCAACGCUAUCAGAGCCCAUUUCGACAAAAUUGAAUCGUCGCGCAAGCCGCUGGUUAUGAGCUUCCAUGGGCCGUCAGGGACAGGAAAGAAUUACGUUGCUGGUUUCGUGGCAACAGCACUCUUCAAAAAUGGAAUACGGAGUAAGUUUGUGAAAAAAUUCACUGCAGCAACUACAGACAAGGAUCUUGCUGGAAAGGUGAAGGAGGCGGUCAAGAAUUGCCCAUAUUCUUUAUUCAUUUUUGAUGAGAUCGAACUAAUGCCGAAGGGAGUUUUUGACCCCAUUGUGUCGCUGUUGGAUCACCAUUCUGACCUGGAAGAUCACGACUUUUCAAAAUCCGUAUUUAUCUUUCUCUCGAACAGCGCAGGUGCUGAAAUAACGAAAACACUAAAGUCUAUAAUGGUUGCUGGACGGUAUCGUGAUGAAACCGGGUUGGAAGACUUCCAGCAUGUCGCACAGCUUGGAGCAUACAACAUAGAAGGAGGUCUUCAUCGAAGCAAACUCAUUGCUUCGCACGUUAUUGAUCAUUUUGUGCCCUUCCUACCACUGGAGCAAAUACACGUAGAGCUGUGCAUCAAGAAAGAGUACAUACUAAACGGUUGUCCAGACGAACCGACAGAAAAGGAUAUCAGAAAAAUAAUCGCCUUAGCAAUGACAAAGGACGACACCAAAACGUUCUCAAAUGGUGGCUGUAAACGUAUUCAUAAAACAGUUGCCUCCCAUUGUAAUCCACAGAGGAAAAAAUAUUAAUGUAAAUUAUAAGUCAUUAUAAUUCUGAAGUGUUUUUCACGUUCACCUUCGGCUCGUGAUUUAAAAAGUACAAAAGAGAGCAAAAGAUUGAAACGUAUGCGUAAGUAAUGUUAGGAGGUUGCAUACCUUGAGAGCCCAAAAAGUGGACCAUCUUCAUUUUAACUUUUAAGCAUGUGUAAUCGAUUUUAUUGACAUUUGUUGGCGUAUGAAACAUUGUAGAGUAACUUUCGAAGUAUGUAUUUCAACUAGUUUUUAAGAUAUCGUGAUCCGCAACAGCACUUUUGAAAAGUACGAUUUUGAGAAAAUCGCGUUUGAAGUUUUGCACUAAGCCUUGUCCCUAUAAAGAAGACGUACUACACUCAGAAAUAAAAGUAUACACGGAAUUACUAUUAUUUAUGCAUUUUGUAUCCGCAUCUCUCUCACUCUCUGUUUUAAUGCUAUCUGGUGCUUCGCCUGGGUUGACGAAACACUUCUAUUCAACCCAGGCUAAACGGCAGAUAGUAUGAAAACAAAAAGAGAGUGAGAGAGAUGCGGAUACAAAAUGCAUAAAUAAUAAUAAUUCCGUGUAUACUUUUAUUUCUGAGUGUACAAUGGGCUGUAACUGUCAUUAUCAAAAUACCUCAAGCAGUUGAAAUGCUAAUUAACAACCCAGAGCUUCUGAAUAGCAUAGCUUAUGCUGAUUCAAGGCAGCUAUGCAUUCGAACUGCUUAUGUAGGGCAGCAAGCAGUUCAAAUGCUUAAUACCGUCUGCUGUACGGCUUAUUUAAAUGCUUAGUGGUUACCUGGGUAGUGCUCCAAUCAUUAUGCAAUUUGCAAUAAUAAAAUGAAGCAGUGCUAUCAAAAAUGUGUGUUAUUAAAUAUCUACAACGAACAAAUAUGACACCGAAUUAUACCCAAAUGAUUAUAAUUCUGAAAUGUUUUACACAGUCAUCAUUGGCUCGUGAUUUUAAAAAUACAAAAGAGAGAAAUGUAUGCGUAAGGAAAAUUAAGAAAAGCCUUUUGUAGAUAGUAAGAAAAUAAACUUUACAAACCCAUUA